AUGGCAAAUAAUGGUGCAUUGCUUACUGCAUAUUAUGUUAUUGUUAAAGAUGAUGAUAUUGAUGUGGGUGAUUCAUGUACGUCAAUUUCCAGCGAAAAUGAUUCACUUCUUAAUGAACAUCCAAAUCUAUCAAGAUGUUAUUUGAGUGUUAGUUUCGACAGUUCUUUAUUAUCAAAUUCACGGAAUGUUAGUUUUAUUCCGCAUGGAUCAGUAAGUUCGGAAGCAUCAUCUUUUCCUCUACGUGGAAUACGAUAA